GCGGCCCCAUUUCGCGUGGGUUAACGCACUAACUCAAGAAUCAGGCCGUGUCGGGGGAACGUCUUCCGGCCGUUUAUCUCGCCUGCGCUGUCCUGUCAGCCUGCUCUUCCGUUAAGAGUGUUUACAUUUGGGCCAAAGCUUGGGCUUGAGGAGGACUCGCUCCUUUCCGACGCCGGCCGUUGUCUGGUCCUGCCUUUCUUCCGGGAGGCAGCGUCCGCCGCCGGGAAGUACGGUUCUCGCCGGCGCCGGUGUCCCUGGAAAACCGCGGGUUCUGAGUCAGUCUCCGCCUUCCCCGGGCGGGAGCAGGGGGAGCCCUGCCGGGCCCGGCGGUGGUGCAGGCUGCGGUAGAACUGGAAUAGAAGGCCUCGCGCGACCCCGCCCUCGACUGUCGCCGGGCACCUCAUGGGGGUGCACGGGCUGUGGAAGCUGCUGGAGGGCUCCGGGCGGCAGGUGAGCCCGGAGACGCUGGAAGGGAAGAUCCUCGCCGUGGAUAUCAGCAUUUGGUUAAACCAGGCACUAAGAGGAGUCCGGGAUCGCCAUGGAAACUCAAUAGAAAACGCCCAUCUUCUCACUUUGUUUCAUCGGCUCUGCAAACUCUUAUUUUUUCGAAUUCGUCCUAUUUUUGUGUUUGAUGGGGAUGCUCCGCUGUUGAAGAAACAAACCUUGGCUAAGAGAAGGCACAGAAAGGAUUUGGCAGCCACUGACUCCAGAAAAACUACAGAGAAGCUUUUGAAAACAUUUUUGAAAAGACAGGCUAUCAAAACUGCCUUGAAAAGCAAAAGAGGUGAAGCGCUCCCCAGUCUUACUCAAGUUCAGAGAGAAGAUGACAUCUAUGUUUUGCCACCUUUACAAAAGGAAGAAAAAAACAGUUCAGAAGAAGAAGAUGAAAGAGAAUGGCAAGAAAGAAUGAGUCAAAAACAGGCAUUACAGACAUCCAGAACAAGCCAUCUUUUACAACCAACCAACGAAACAAACAAUAGACUUGAGCUACAACCUCAAGAUCCUUCAACUUGUAGAGGUUCUGCAUUAUUAAUUCAGAAAAUGACAGCAAUCAUGGUAAAGACUGUGAACAUGGAAGAGUUCUUUCAUAAUCCUCAUGCCAUAGAUAUUGAGUCUGAAGACUUCAGCAGCCUGCCUCUUGAAAUAAAGCACGAAAUUUUGACUGACAUGAAGGAAUUUACCAAGCGAAGACGAACCUUAUUUGAAGCAAUGCCAGAGGAGUCUAAUGACUUUUCCCAAUAUCAGCUCAAAGGCUUGCUUAAAAAAAACUAUCUAAACCAGCACAUAGAAAAUGUCCAAAAGGAAAUGAAUCAGCAACAGUCAGGACAAAUCCAAAGGCAAUAUGAAGAAGCAGGGGGCUUUCUGAAGGAGGCCGAGUCAAGGAGAGUAGUCUCCGAAGAUACCUCCCAUUACAUCUUGAUAAGAGGUAUUCAAGCUAAGAAAGUUGCAGAGGUGGGUUCAGAGUCUCUUCCUUCUUCCAGCAAAAUGCGCAGCUGGUUGUCUGACACGAAGUCAUCUCCAUGUGAGGCAUUGAAGCCAGAGAAGGAGCCUGCCGCUACCCCUCCUUCUCCAAGAACUUCCCUGGCUAUGCAGGCUGCCAUGCUGGGAAGCAGCUCGGAAGAGGAGCCGGAGAGUGAGAAUCAAAAGCAGUCUGAUGCGAAGAAUGCACCUGUGUCCCCGCUUACUCUCUUAGCUAUUCAGAAGGUUCUCGACGAUGAUGAAGACAUGGAAGCACAUGCUGGAAAUGACGUGCAGAUAGGAGGGUCAGCAGUGAAAACGCUGCUUGGGAACAGUUGCCACGAAGAAGCUGUUGAAGGCCUUCAAGAAGGAGGUGGAGAAGGAAUGCUGUUGCCAGCAGGACCCCAUCUGAUCCAUGUGAACUCUGCUCAUGAAACCAGCCCUGACACCGGCAGGAGGCUGGCAGACUCAGCUCGUUUGUCCCAUCCCGUCUUCUGUCCAGGCAGUGAAUCUAGUGUUCCAAAAGAAGAAAUGUCACUUAUUUGUGUGGUGAGUGAAGCCUUUCAGAAAAGCUGUGAGUCUCCGGUUAAGGGGAGAGAAGACCCCAUUCCUUCAGAAAGCACAGUGGUGAUGCACGGCGAUGCACCUGGGCUCCAGAGUGGGAGAGAACUGACACCAGUACCUUCGAUGAGUUCAAGUUCUGUAUCAAGGAAUGAAACAUACACCAAAGAGCCUGAGCUACAACCGGACCUUUGUCCAUCAGGCAGCAAAUAUGAUUCCUCUGUUCUUUCAACUGAUGAUGAAACAGAAGGUGAAAAAAAUCACGUUUCUGAAAUCAUUGACACUGUCAGUUUGCAAGAAACGAGUAAUACACAAAGUAUCCCUUCAGAGGCAGUAAGUAACUUGGAAAAUGCAGUAUCCUUUACUUCUAAAGAGCAUGAGAAUUUCCUGAAAACCAUCCAAGAACAUGAGAGAAUGGACUCUGUAGACCAGGACUUAAUUUCAGUUCCAAAGUCCAUGGAGCCAAUGGAAAUAGACUCUGAAGAAAGUGAAUCUGAUGGAAGUUUCAUCGAAGUACAGAGUAUAAUUAGUAAUGAAGAACUUCAAGCUGAAUUACAUGAAGCUUCUAAAUCUCCCUCCAGACAAGAUGAAGAAGAACUGAUAGGAACUAAGAAGGAAGAAGCCACUGGUGACUCUGAGGGCCUCCUAAGACUCAGCUCUGGAAGAGAGACUUUGGAUGCUGAGCCAUGUGAAGAAGCUGAAAAAGAUACAGACAGUUCACUCAAUGAAUGGCAAGAUAUUAAUUUGGAGGAGCUGGAAACUCUGGAAAGCAGCCUGUUAACACAGCAGAAUUCGCUGGAAGCACAAAAACAGCAGCAAGAACGGAUUGCUGCUACUGUGACGGGGCAGAUGUUCCUGGAAAGCCAGGAACUUCUUCGCCUGUUUGGCAUUCCCUACAUCGAGGCUCCCAUGGAAGCAGAGGCACAGUGCGCCAUCCUGGAUCUGACCGAUCAGACUUCUGGAACAAUCACUGAUGAUAGUGAUAUUUGGCUGUUUGGAGCACGGCAUGUCUAUAAAAACUUUUUUAAUAAAAACAAGUUUGUAGAGUAUUACCAGUAUGUGGACUUUCACAACCAACUGGGAUUAGACCGAAACAAAUUAAUAAAUUUGGCCUAUUUGCUUGGAAGUGAUUAUACAGAAGGAAUACCAACUGUAGGUUGUGUUACAGCCAUGGAAAUUCUCAAUGAAUUCCCUGGACCUGGCCUGGAACCUCUGCUAAAAUUCUCAGAGUGGUGGCACGAAGCUCAAAAAAAUAAGAAGAUAAGACCUAACCCCUAUGACACCAAAGUGAAAAAAAAACUGCGCAAGCUGCAGCUCACACCUGGCUUUCCCAACCCGGCUGUUGCAGACGCUUACCUCAAACCUGUGGUGGAUGAGUCCAGGGGGGCCUUUCUGUGGGGGAAGCCGGAUCUGGACAAAAUUAGAGAAUUUUGUCAGCGUUAUUUUGGGUGGAACAGGACGAAGACAGAUGAGUCUCUGUUUCCAGUAUUAAAGCAACUGAACGCCCAGCAGACGCAGCUCCGAAUUGAUUCUUUCUUUAGAUUAGCUCAACAGGAGCGACAAGAUGCUAAGGGUAUUAGGAGCCAGAGACUUAACAGAGCUGUGACAUGUAUGCUGAGAAAAGAGAGAGAAGCCGCAGCCAGCGAAAUAGAAGCAGUGUCUGUUGCCAUGGAGAACGAUUUUGAGUUCCCUGAUAAGGCAAAAGGAAAAACCCAGAAGAGAAGCAUAGCAAAUAAAUGGAAAGAGUCAUCAAGCCUGAAAAGAAAGAGGCUUUCAGAUUCUAAGCAAGAGAGUAAAUGUGGCGGAUUUUUGGGGGGCGCCUGCCUCUCGCCGUCAUCUGGGACCUCUUCGGGGGAGGACUGUGAGUGUGUGUCUUCAGUGAACGUGCCACAGGAGAGAGCGGCCCCCGAGGUACCCGCUAGCCGCCGGGGUCUGCAGAGCACAGCGACCCCUGCUCCUGCCAGGGACCAAGAAGGCAGCAGCCGCAGCUCGAGUGAUGAUGACGGAGGGAGAGUCGCACCAGUGCUGGUGACCGCCAGAUCUGUGUUUGGGAGGAGAAAGGGGAAGCGGAGAGGUACAAGAGGAAGAAAGGGAAAAGCCAAUUAAUUUAAAAAUCAUGUAUUCUCCAUCAUCGGGUGCAACCUAACAUCUCGUAAUGAAUUUGUUGUGAGGAAAUGAUACAAUUAAAAGCAUUUGUCCGA